AUUACAGAUAAACUCUAUGCAGCGGACGUGUACCUGACCUUGGCUAGUGUGUAAAUAUCUCCGCCACCGGUGUAGUCUGUUGCAGUUGUAGGUGUUGCUGCAGACCACGAUGUUGUGGGCCAUUAUUUCCUUCAUACUGUCGCUGUUCGGACAGCACUCUUUGGGACAAGGCAACUACGGCUUUACCUUGAAUUCAUGGGACGUCAUUGGAGAUCUGAAUCAUUUCUGGAAAAGUACCGGCUUCUGUCCCCCACUUCCGCAUUCCGAUGCCGCCAAGUUUGACCUGAGCCCGGACAUGCAACAGAACCUGGCCUACAUUGGCGCCAUGCCACACAGAGGGAUAGAACAGGUCCGGAUACACUGGCUGCUCGAGCUCAUCAAGGUCACAAGCCUCAACAACGGCAACGCGACGUACGACUUCUCCGACAUGGACGGCCUGAUGGACCUGCUGUACGUGAACGCCCUGAAGCCGGGUUUCGAGAUCAUGGGUAACCCGUCUAACGUGUACACGGACCUGGAACAGAAGGCCCAGGUGUACAUGUGGAGGGACAUGGUACAGGCCAUAGCACAGAGAUACAUCAGUAAGUAUGGGCUGGACUACGUGAAGACGUGGAACUGGGAGACAUGGAACGAGCCUGACGGCGAGGACUUUGAUAAUCUCACGUUCACUAUACAAGGCUUUCUGAAUUACUACGACGCAUGCUCCGAGGGCCUGAAGGCGGCUGACCCCUCCCUGAUACUGGGCGGGCCUGGGUCGUCCCGUGACUCCUUCCGAACUCCCUCCCUCCCCAGGCCCAAGAAGAAGUUUGCAGAGGCCUUGCUGGAUCACGUGGUCAAUGGAAGAAACUACUUCAGCGGCGAGAAGGGCGUGAGGAUCGACUUCAUCUCCCUGCACAGGAAGGGGGAUUCCCACGCUGCCAACAUUACAAAUGCCGAGGUCCAUUCUAUGGGGGUCAUCCGGAAGCUACACCCUAGCCUGGCCAACAAGCCUUUCUAUAAUGACGAGGCUGACCCCCUCAAGCUCUGGAGUAGACCGGAACAGUGGCGGGGAACGUCCAGAUAUGCUGCUUUUGUUGCCAAGAUUAUAGCACAACAUCAAAAUAUCAUCAUUCGUAACCAGACUGGAAAUAUUAAUUAUCAGUUGCUAAGCAACGAUAACGGCUUCUUAAGUUAUUACCCAAAUCAGUUUACACAGCGCACUUUACUAGCAAGGUUUCAAAUGAACAACACCAGUCCUGCUCACGUGACCUUUGUCCGAAACCAGUCUACGCUGCAAUGGCAAUGCUCUCAUUGCUAGGCGACCAACAAGUUAGUUUAGACAGCGGUGGCUUCAACUGUGUGACACUGGAUUCGGUGUGUGGCCUGGCGACCCUCCAUCAGCCGCCAGCCGACCACAACAGUUCCGACAGCUGGCAGAGUGCUCUGAUGAUCUACAACAGCAACGACGUCGACGAUGGCAACUGGGGUAUU